AUGCACCCGGCCUUGGCCGUGGGCCUGGUGUUCGCAGGCUGCUGCAGCAACGUGAUCUUCCUGGAGCUGCUGGUCCGGAAGCAUCCAGGCUGUGGGAACCUCGUGACAUUUUCCCAGUUUCUGUUUAUCGCCGUGGAAGGCUUCCUCCGUGAGGCGGAUCUGGGAAGAAAGCGGCCAGCCAUCCCUGUGAGGCACUACGCCGUGAUGGUCACCAUGUUCUUCACUGUCAGCGUGGUCAACAACUAUGCCCUGAACCUCAACAUCGCCAUGCCGUUGCACAUGAUCUUCAGAUCGGGCUCUCUGAUCGCCAACAUGAUCCUAGGAAUUGUCAUUUUGAAGAAGAGAUACAGCGUGUUCAAGUACACCUCCAUCUCCCUGGUGUCUGUGGGGAUAUUCAUUUGCACUUUCAUGUCAGCCAAGCAAGUGACAUCCCAGACCAGCGUGAGCGAGGAUGACGGCAUCCAGGCGUUUGCAUGGUGGUUACUAGGUAUCGGGGCCCUGACGUUUGCACUUCUGAUGUCGGCCAGGAUGGGCAUCUUCCAGGAGACGCUGUAUAAGCAAUUUGGGAAGCACUCCAAGGAGGCUUUGUUUUAUAACCACGCCCUCCCACUGCCCGGCUUCCUCUUCUUGGCUUCGGACAUCUACAGUCACGCGCUGCUGUUCAACAAGUCUGAGUCGUACCAGGUUCCAGUGCUCGGUGUGACCAUGCCCGUCAUGUGGUUCUACCUGCUCGUGAACGUCAUCACUCAGUACGUGUGCAUCCGGGGCGUGUUCAUCCUGACCACAGAAUGCGCCUCGCUCACCGUCACGCUGGUGGUGACGCUGCGCAAGUUCGUGAGCCUCAUCUUUUCCAUCCUGUACUUCCGGAACCCCUUCACCCUGUGGCACUGGCUGGGCACCGUGCUGGUCUUCAUCGGGACCCUGCUGUACACGGAGGUGUGGAACCACCUCGGAGCGGCCCGCAGCCCGCCUCCCAAGGACAAGGAGAAGUGAGGUCCGGCUCUGGUGCGGAGACGGGCUGGCCAAGGGGCAGUCGCCAAGGUCAGGGCCGGUGGCGGCUCCGGAUCAGACU